AUGACGACGACGAUUUCCAAUCUUCCUAGAGAUCUGGUAGAGGAAGUAAUCUCAAGGGUUCCGGCGACAUCCAUGAGAAAAGUCCGAUCCACUUGCAAAAAGUGGAACACUUUAUCCAAAGACCGAAGCUUUACAGCGAAACACCUCGCUAAAGCAGCAGCAGCAUCAACGGAGAAGAAGGAGUCUCUCGCGAUCGUGCUGAUGAAUUACAGUCUCCAUCUGAUGAGCGUCAAUCUCCACAACAACAAUCCUCCUCUAUCCCCUGAAGGUAAACUAAUCCAUCAAUUAGAGGUCACUCGCGUGUGUCACUGCGAAGGUUUAUUGUUAUGCACCACGAGAGACUACACUAGUCUCGUUGUUUGGAACCCUUACUCGGGUCAAACCCGGUGGAUCUCCGUCGAACCCGCAUAUCCCACUUACCUCGCCCACAGGCUUCAUCUAUACGGUCAUGUUCUCGGAUACAACGAGGGCAAGAGAUCACACAAGAUCUUGAGGUUUGCUUAUGCUCCGUCGAAUCUUGAGCAGUCUGUGCAAGAAAUCUACGAUCUAAGCACUGAUUCUUGGAGGGUUCUUGAUGACGAUCCAGACUGGUGUUUAGAGUAUGGUAACUAUGGCUUGUCUCUGAAAGGAAACAGCUACUGGUACGCUAUGGACAAGGAGUCGCGAGGACAAGGAGUCCCUGACUUCUUGCUCUGCUUUGAUUUCACCAACGAGAGAUUCGCGCCGCGUCUGCCUCUGCCGUUUACGUCUUGGUGUCCUGACUCUGUGUCUCUGUCCAGCGUUAGAGGAGAGCAGCUCGUGGUGUUGUUUCAGAGCAGUGAUAUGCUUGACUUGGAGAUAUGGGUGACGACUGAGAUCGGUCCUGAGGCGGUUUCGUGGAGCAAGUUGUUGACGUUGGAUACUGGUGGGCCGUUGAGAGGGUUGGAGUUUGGUAGUGGUGGGGGUUUCUUUGUUGACGAGGAGAAGAGAGCAGUGAUUGUUUUUGAUGAGGAGAAACAUGUGAAGACGCGUCCCACUCGUCACGUAGCUCGCAUCUUUGGCGAGGUUGGUUACAGCUUGAGAGAAGAAGUUGAUCUAGGAGAAGUUACAAAGGAUGAUGGUUUUAGUUUAUUGCAUGCGUGCUCUUAUGUUCCAAGUGCAGUCUUGUUUUGA